CUGCUCUCUUCAUUCUUCCUUCUUUCUACCUCUCUGUGAUUACAGCUCCAAUGGCCCCCAAGAAGCCAGAACCCAAGAAGGAUGAUGCCAAGGCCGCUGCCCCCAAAGCAGCUCCAGCCCCUGCAGCUGCACCUGCCGCUGCACCUGCCGCUGCACCUGAGUCUGAGCGCCCCAAGGAAGCAGAGUUUGAUGCUUCCAAGGUUAAGAUCGAGUUCACGCCCGAACAGAUCGAAGAGUUCAAGGAAGCCUUCCAACUGUUUGACCGCACACCCAAGGGCGAGAUGAAGAUCACAUAUGGGCAGUGUGGGGAUGUCCUGCGGGCUCUGGGUCAAAAUCCUACCCAGGCAGAAGUGCUCCGUGUCCUGGGGAAGCCCAAACAGGAAGAGCUCAAUUCCAAGAUGAUGGACUUUGAAACGUUCCUGCCCAUGCUCCAGCACGUCUCCAAGAACAAGGACACCGGCACGUAUGAGGAUUUCGUGGAGGGGCUGCGGGUCUUCGACAAGGAGGGCAACGGCACGGUCAUGGGUGCAGAACUCCGCCAUGUGCUGGCCACGCUGGGUGAGAGGCUGACUGAGGAUGAAGUGGAGAAACUGAUGGCGGGUCAAGAAGACUCCAAUGGCUGCAUCAACUACGAAGCGUUCGUGAAGCAUAUCAUGGCCAGCUGAGCCUCCCACAGGAAGCCCAGGGCAGGCCAUGCCGGGGACAUCCCAUCUCCCAACCGUGAUGCUGACACCAGGUCCGGAGCUUCGGGAAGGAAAGGAGUGGGCCAGAUUCCUGCAUGUGGCCCCAGAUCAUGUGUGUGUGAUUCUUUUCUGGUCCCUGUUGGGAUGUGACUGCCUUUCUGUCUCCACCCUAUGGCCUUUUGAAUAAAUGAUUU